GCAAAUGCGAAAAGAAGGCAAUGUGCUAAAGGUUCAUGGAAGGAAAGCGCUAUUGUUAAUGCUAUCUUAUCAAAUUAUACCAAAAUGUUACCCGAUAUCGAAGACGCAGUUCAAGUCAGCAUUGAAAUGCAUGUUCAAGAUAUUUCCUCGCUGAAUGAGAUCACAUCGGAUUUCGAGAUUGAUAUUUUGUUCACUCAACUCUGGCAUGAUUCAGCUCUAAGUUUUUCGAAUUAUAACGCUUGUAAGAGGAAUAUUACCAUGGAAUCAAAGUUUAUAGAUUUAAUAUGGACUCCAAAUACAUGUCUUAUAAAUUCAAAAAACACAAUGAUUCACUCAUCUCCAACCGAUAAUGUUAUGUUUAUAUUAUAUGAAAACGGAACAGUGUGGAUCAACUAUCGCAUGUCAGUGAAAGCUCCAUGCGAUCUUGAUCUCAGGACAUUUCCUUUCGAUACCCAAUCAUGUGUUCUUAUAUUCGAAUCAUAUUCGCACAACAGCGAAGAAGUGACAUUAAGAUGGAUGAAUGAGCCAAUAACUUUGAUGAAGCCUAUACAGCUGCCAGAUUUCGAUAUGAUUUUUUUUAAAACGAACAGUGAAACAAUGUUAUACCCAAAUGGUUACUGGGAUCAACUUCAGGUAGUGUUUUCUUUCAAAAGGCGUUAUGGUUUUUACAUCUUACAAGCAUAUGUUCCAACCUAUCUAACAAUAGUCGUUAGUUGGGUGAGCUUUUGCAUGGAACCCAAGGCAUUACCUGCGAGAACUACUGUUGGAGUAUCUUCGCUAUUAGCUCUAACCUUUCAAUUUGGCAAUAUUUUAAAGAAUCUUCCAAGGGUGUCCUAUGUUAAGGCAAUGGAUGUUUGGAUGCUUGGAUGUAUAUCAUUUGUAUUCGCUUCAAUGAUCGAACUAGCAUUUGUUUGCCAUAUAACUCGUUGUGACAAUGAUAGUAACCGAAGUAGCCGAAACAAUCUAAUGCAAAAACUAAAUCUAUUUAAGUACAAACAUAAUGGAACUUGCAACAGCGAUCGUUAUAAUACUGGCAAGUGUUUACCUAUUUGCCACUUAACACUCAAAUUUAUCCAAUUUAUUAGCACAGCGUCACCGCCUUGGAGCCGGCGAUUUUAUUUGCAUCCGGAAACUGUAGACAAAUUCUCAAUUGUUUGCUUUCCAUUGACUUUCACGUUAUUCAAUCGCCUUCAUUUUGCCUCUAAUAUUUUUCAUUAA